AUGAGUAACUAUCAUUCUUCUCCAGAUUAUCAUCAAUAUUCGCAAUUUAUGUUUGUGAAUUCGCGUAGAAUUGGAAUUAGAAGUAGGCGAGAUCGUUCUUCCAGAAGAAGACAACACGAUCAUCCCUUCGUUUUGGGAUUACAAGCCAUAAUUACUCCUCACAGUAACUCUCACACUGGCGGAAUUACAAAUAUUAACGUCAGCAGUCGUGAUUUAGUGGAAAGGGCCUUAAGGCAGCAGCAUGUACCAGACUAUUUCAAUGGCGGAUCAUCACCAAAUUCUUCAGAUGAUUCUCAACCAGCAAGUGAACUGAUUGAUGAUCAACAGGAGGAUGAUAUAUUAUUGGGGUAUUUUAAAACAAGAAUUCAUUGUGUUGCUGACGGAGUAAAUAAUCCCACAGAAACAAAAGAGAUUUGUGCCAUAUGUCAAGCGGAAUUUGAGCAUGAAGAGUCCAUUGGGACACUUGGGUGUGGACACGAAUAUCAUACAGGCUGCAUCAAACAAUGGUUGUUGAGGAAAAACGAUUGUCCCAUGUGUCGAGCUUCUGUUUUGCCUUGA